AUGUUUUCGCAUGGGCAUGAUGGUGACGAAAGGCAUUGGCAGCACGUGCUGCAGCUGCUCGCGCACCCGAGCGAAGCCCAACAGCUGGCGUGUCUGACGGAACUGCAGCAGUGGCUAUCAUUUGCCACCGAUGAGCACCUGGGGUCCUUCCCGCUGCAGCGCGUGCUGCAUGCACUGUUCCUGCUGCUGCAAAGGAGAAUAGGGGGCUCAGCUGCUGCUGGCGGUGCCGCUGAGACUGCUAGGAACGUACAAACGGACGCGUCUGAAGCAGCAGCAGCACUUUCGCAGGAAGCUUUAGAUGAACAGUUAGCCAGGGAGCUAGCAGGAGGGGUGGACGAUGGCAUGACAACACACAAGGAUCUUUUGAUAGGCUCAUGUGUAUACUUGCUGCUGGAUGUGCUUCCCAUGCAAACAGCAGCCGUUAUAGCGAGGACGCCUGAAUAUAUGGAAGCUUUGAAGCACCAGCUAUCGCAUCUUCAGUACAUUGACACUGGGGAAAAGUUUCUGCUUAUUCUCUGCCGCGUCAUUGACGAACAGCCGCUGCUUUCGUUCUCAUCGGGCGCUGCUGCUGCGAUACUCCCGAUCCUUGACUUCUUCCAGUUGGACAUACAGCGCAAGGCCGUGAGAGCAGCAGCGAAGGCGCUUGCUGCUGCCGCUGCAGCCACGGAUAAAGCAGUCGCCUCAGCAGCGGCAGAAACCGCGGCAAGAAGACUUAACUUCUCUCAACUGCAGCAACUCCACCAACAGCAGUGCCAGCAGCAGCAGCAGCAGCAGCAGCAGCAGAGCACGGCCGGAGAGACCGUACCGCCUGCAGCUGCUGCAGGGCCGAGCGGAGGGGCCGAGUCCAUCGUUACUGGUGAAACAGCAAGCAGCUGCGACACCAGUGACAGGAGUAAGUUGGCGUCUUUGCAGGAGCAACUGCAGCAGCAGCUGCAGCAGGAAAAGGAGCAGCACCGAGAGCUGGUUGGACAACUCGAGGAGUACCGGAGCCUGAUAAAUCCAACUCUCCCCUUUUUCUCCUCCCUUCUGUCUUACAAGGACGAGGCUUUGCUUCAGGGGGCCUGUCAGAGCUGGCGUUCUACUUUGACUAUUUUUGUCUGCAUGAACACCGCAGCAGCAGCCUCUGCUGCUGCAGUUGCUGGUCUUGGGCUAGCUGUUGAGAGAGCAAUAGAUGGCACUGGAAGCACAGAGCUGGGCUCCACCCAGCAGCAGCAACAGACUGAGGAUGACGCUGAGUGGCUUUCGAUUUGUCAGAAGGCUUAUGCUGAUCGAAUGGAACUGCUGGCAGGCGAGCUUGCCGUGGCAGGGUCAGCAGCAGCAUCAGCGCUACAGCAGCUGGUCGCACGGACGAUUGCAGAGUGCAACACCAGCGCCCUCGCGUGGCAGCAGCAACUGAUGCUGCAGGAUGCGAUGUACGUGUUGUCUGUGUUUGCUGCCUACUCGGACAAGAUAGCAGCAGAGUUACUGCAGCAGCAGACGCAAACCUCAGACUUUCAAGAGGCUGUCAACAAACUGGUCAAGAGGCAGGAGAUGCUGCUGCUGGAGAGCGUCGCAGCUUUGGGCAUGUCUCUCCUUCCAGCAGUCCGCUUUAAGCUGCCGUUGCAGCAUCCGGCAAAGAUUGUGCUACUGGAAGCAGAAGCAUCAGCAAGGGCAGCAGAUGUUCUGACAGUAGACGAACAUCGCGCCGCUGUCUUCUCGGAAUCGCCGGAACUGCUCGGUCGGGUGCUGCACACCCUUGCAGCUCCAAUGCUGCCGCUCAUGGAAUCAUCUGUGACGAGAGACCUGUCCAGUUUUGUUCUGCAACUGCUGUUAGCUGCUGCUUGCACCGCAGCAAAAGCCAAGAGCAACCAGAAUCAACUGCAGCAACAGUUCUUGCGGCACCUCGACGUCAAAACUCUUGGAGAGAUCUGCGCUCACACGCUCAGCAUGGGGCUGCCUGCCGCAGUGAACUUUGCCGUUAUGAAUCUCGUGCUGCAGUUGCUAGUGCAGCACGGCCCCGCUGCAGCAGCAGCCCUGCAGGCAGCAGGCGUGCGGGACCGUGUAGAGGUGGACUUGGAGAGAAGUAGAAACAGCAGCAGCACGCUUGCAAGUGAAGAUCAGCAGCAGAGUGCUGGAGAUGGAACUGGAGGGACUAUGUGUUUCGUCAUCAGAGCGGCAACAGGUGCGGCUGCUGCUGCUGCAGGCGAACCGGUUGAAUGCGUUGACUUAGUUGCGUUGUUGCGGCGGAUCAGGGAGGCGUGCCUAGUUGUGUUUGAGAAGCAGCUGCAGCAGCCUUCUCCACUCGGCGGGGCACCUCUCUGCACCACGCAGCAGCGGCUGCGGCAAGUGGCUUCUUGUCUGGCCCAACAAGGGAAGCAGCCUGUGCCCGCAGAAAAGCAGCAACAACAGCAGCACCAAUGGUGGGCUCUAGUAGAGCUAAGGAAGCUCCUGGAGGAUCCAACAGUGAAUAUCUCAGCAUGCGAAAUCAUCAGCUCCCAGCUUGCAGAGGCACUCUGUUGUUAUCUACUGGGCACGAGCAGUAGCAGUGACGACACCAGCAGCAUGGAUAAGAGCCCUUGCUACAGCGGAAGCUGCUGCCGCAGUGAUUGCUGCAGGGAGCAGCAGGAGCUUAGAGAGCGAGGGCUGCUUUUCUUGCGCGCCUUCCUGUUUCCCUUGACCGAUAGCUCCCCUGAACAGAAGCAGCAACAGCAGCAGCAGGCGCAUGGUGUUCUAGACGGUGUUGACUGGUCUGCUGCUUCCCCGGAGUUGCUGUUGCGGCUGGCGAUGCUGGCAGCAAAGUGCCUAAGCAGAGUGGAGCAGUUUCCGGUACUACAGCAUCAGCUACCUGCUGUUGUAGCAGCAGCACGGGACGUGCUGCCCCCUCACUUGCGGGCCCCACGACCACCCGCAGGAGGAACUAUGGCAGCAGCCGCAGCUGGCAGACAGCCAGGCUGCCGUACGGCUGGGCUGCAGCAGCGGCCGCGACCUACCUCGAGAGGGCUGCGAGCCUUCCAGCAGGUGCAACAGCAGCAGCUUUCGCACUAUCCGGGGGAACUUAGGCGGCAGCAACUGGUGCAGCAGCAGCUGAUGCAACAACCCGAUCCUCUCCUAGUUGUGCAGGACCUGCAGAGAGACAUUAUUAUCGUGGCAAGGGAUAUUAAAGGCGAGCAGCCGCGACCUGCUGCUGCAACCUACUGCGAUGCGGCGGAGACGGCGAUGGUCCCCGCAGAGCCAUUGGCAGAAGCAACGGCAACCGAAGCCGAGACAGCAGGCACAUCAUCGAGGUCUUCAAGAAGGCGCUUUCGCAGCCGCACUGGCGGAGGCUGCCGUUCUCCUGCUCGGGCGGUUUUUGAAGCUGCACCCGCAUCGUCAGCAGCAGCAGCUGAAGCACCUCAACCAGGUACCGCAGUGGAAGCUGCAGCUACAGGGAGGAGGAGGGAAACAGCAGCAACUCAUCAGAGGGAUGUUCGUGGCACGCGAUCCAAGACAGCAGUGGCUGCUGCAGCAACGGCGAAAGCCAGCAUGGGGAACAGCAACAGUAGUAGCAACAACAGUACCGGUAGUAGCAACAACAAUACCAGUAGCAGCAACAACAGUGCCAGUAGCACCAACAACAGUAGCACAAGUAAUAGCGGCUGCUUGAUAAAGCGACGGCGAGGACAACCUGGCAGUAGCAGCAGCAGCAACAUGCCGCCACAGCCCGUUGCAUCUGGAGGGGCAACAGCAACGGGAGCAGAUGAUACCAGCAACAGAGAGGGGCCCCGUAGAGCGCGGGGGGCAACUGUUCCCACAAGGGCUACAUUGGAGGCUGCUGGUUUGGCAACACAGCGGAUGCCUUUGCAGCACAGCAGUUAUGGAAGCAGCAGCAACAGCCACGCUGCUGCAGGCGCCGGGCUAGCUCCGAUGCUGCAGCUCCAGGAGCUGGUACUGCAGCACCAGAGGGGCAGUUUGUUUGGGGGUAUGAUGCAUUGGGGCCACCGACACAGCAGCAGCGUAAGCAACAGCAACACCAUGGUGGUAGAGUGCAGGGCUCCACUGUCACGCGUAGAGACGGAAAUCAGACGCACGAUUCAGGCCGGUGAGCGUGCACCAUUGCAGCAACCGCAACAGCAGCAACCUCAGCAGGCGGAGAGCGUUAUGCGGGAGUUCGAGACGGAUGGAGGGCAGCAGGAGCAGCAGCAAGACUGCAGCGGCACCGCCACCAGGGUAGGGAGCCGCUCGGGGGAACGCGGCUUGCUGGCAGGCCGGACACCUGCGGAGGACGGGGCACUCUCAGAGCGGCAACGUCAGCCGCGGCGGGGGCAUGCUCAACAGGAGCAGCGACAACAGCAGCAGUUGCAACGGGAGGACGGAGUAGAAUCCCCUGACGGCAGCGAUCCCAUGGAUGUGGACAGUCAUAUCAAAACAGGAAGACAUUCUGGGGACGAUGAUCCCGAGUAUAGGGACAGCCCCAGCGAGGAGGAUAUCAUUAGCAGCAGCCACAGCAGCAGCCGCAGCAGCAGUAGCAGCAGCGAUGGUGAAGCAGCGGUGAUUUUCGAUGGGGAAGAAUUAGCAGAUAGUGACAGCAGCAGUCCCAGCAACAGCAGUUGCAACAGCAGCCAAAGCGACGGAAGCAGUGAGGACGAAUUGGGGGCUGGACCAGAGGGGGAAGGGCAUGGGGAGCCAUUGCAACGCGUUGCUGCAGGGGCAUCUUCAGCGGGUGGUGACGUAGCACAGGAAUCCGCUCAGACACGUGCAGAAAGCCCCAUUCGUGCUAUGCCGAGAGAACAGUGUACCGAUUUGGAGCAGCAACACGACGCAUCCUACGGCGCUGCUGCAGGUUCCCGCGAACAUAGCAGCAGCCAUUGCGGUGGAAAUAGUACAGCAGCUGUGGGCGCUAUCCAGCUUUAUAUACACUCCGUGCCCGUACCACCUCAUAUGCCUGUAAUGGAGGCUCUCAAUUUGUAUGGAGGGUGCGUUGCCUUGGCUAGACGCAGCGGCAGCAGCAACUGGCGUGAUAGCAGCAGGAGCAGCGGAUGGUUCGCUCCAGCUGGUGGCGUGGCCUACCGUCGACUACAGCAAAUGCUUCAGGGAGGCGGCAGCACUUUUGAGAUGCUGUUGUCCACAGCAUUGUUGGCGGACCUUUUCCCCAACACCAGCACUGGCAGCGGCAGCAACAGCAGCACAGCGAGGCAGCGAGGAGGUGCUGCCUCGCUAGACGCAUUGCCCGCAUUCCUUGAUUCUAGAAGGCCCGUUUCCGUUGCUGCUGCCCCAGAUGCAGCAGCACAAACAGGAGGUGAUGAUGCACCCGCUGCCGCUUCUGCUCCUGCGACGAGCAGCACGGAGAGGGGGGAGCGAACGAGCAGCAACAGCAGGAACGAGGUUUUGCAUGUUGAUCUUAGCGGGCGAUUCUGCAUUAUGGCCGAAGGGUCCACAGCACCAGCAGCUCCAACAGGGGCAGCAGCAAGCGAAACAGCGGCUCUGGGUAAAUCCCUUUGGGACAAUGCCCACACCAUUGACUACCUUGUGCUUCCAGCUGCAGCGAAGGCACGGAACAGCAGCAACAACAGCAAGAGCAGCUGCAGUGAGCUGCUUACCACGGAGGGUCUUCGCUUGGGUCGGGAAACACCGCUUGUCACCUCCCUUGUGCAUCCGGCUUUGGCUGCAGAACGGCUGUUACAGCAACUGCAUCAAGACCAGCAGGAGCAGCAGCGGGCUACUCCUGCAACGUGUUACGAGCCCAGAGAGCCGCAGCAAGAGCCGCAGCAGCAGCAGCGAGUGUUGGAGGAUCUGGCUGGAUGGUGUGUUUGCCGCAGCCGAAAGGAGACGGCUGCAACAGCUGCCUAUUUACGUGGAGAUUGCAACAACUGGCACCGUCGUGACUUGCUGAUGCAUGCGGCUUCAGAUGAAGCUGCUCCUCUGUUCUAUGCACUCCCCUCUGCCGGCGUCGGUGUCACCCGCCGCAGCAGUAGCUCUCGGGGCGAACAAAAUCUUACUGCAGCACCUAAGAGCACAGGAGUAGCAAGGCCGGCGCUUCCUGACUCUUCUGAUAUGCCGGCAGCUUCAGAUGAGGCGUUGCUCCUUCCGAGUGUCUUUGAAGAUGCAGCGUCAUCUGCAGCACCCUUUGUAGUUUUGUUAUUGUAUGUGCACAACCUCCUGCAACAGCUGCCUCGGCUGUAUGCAUAUGCUUCAAUCGCCAACAACACCAACCCUAACGACUCGGACAGUGCAACAGCAACAGCAGCGGCGUCAACUCUCUUUAGAGCUGCUGCUUCUUCACGCGGUUUGUGUGGGCAUCCUCUGGGUCUCUGCAGCAGCAGCACCGGUGAAACAGCGGGAGCAGCUGUAGUAGCGGCGGACAUACCUUGCUGGAGUAGCGUGUCAGCGAAGGCUGGGGCGAUCUUGGCAGACCCUGUUGCAGCCGUCACCUGCCACGGUAGAACGCCCUAUUGGUUGAGGCGGUUGGUAUUUGCAUGCCCAUUCCUGUUCCCCCUGCAGUUGAGGCUGCUGCUGCUGCUGCAACAGCAACUUGGAGUUAUGCGGGGGCAGUUUAUUUACAAAGUGCGGCUAAAAGAAGCGGCGGAACUGCUGUUAGGCCAGAGGCAGAGCAGCAGUAGCAGCAGCACCAGCGUGCAACCUUUACUAAAUAUUCCCACUGCCGGCAUCAGCAGCAGCAAAGCCCUGCUUGUUCAGCGGCUGCGGCCGCUCCUGCAAUUGCAGGGAGCCGCAUCAGGAGCAAGCAGCAGCAGGCGGGAGCAAGAAAUACUUGCAGAUCUGGAGGGUGGGGCGUCGCUUCCACGGACAAAAGUGAAGAUGCCACGUUCUCACUUAGUGGAGAGCGCAGCAAAAGUAAUGGACCAUCUGCUGGCAAGUAACCGUAGUAGUGAGGAACAGCCCGUGCUGGAGGUGGAGUUCGCGGGGGAAGAGGGAGUGGGCCAGGGCCCAACGAAUGAAUUUUAUGCAGAGGUGCUUGACGCGCUGCUGUCAUGGAACGACCCCGAGUUGUUCCUGAGCUGCAGCAAUGGGGGAGGAUUAUUCCCACGCGCAUAUUUAACCGACAUAUCUCGUGUCCCAGUAGACAUGCUGCGGCGCCCGAGAGUUUCACCGCUGGUGCAGCAGCAGCAGCGAAGAGUUAGAAGAAGAGCCAAUGCCAGCCGAACAGACAGAGCAGCCCCCAUUGAAGGGGCAGAAGAUAUGGAGGAGGAUGUAGAACCCUCGAGCAGCAACAACAGCAGCAACAGCACUGGGGGUUCGCCUUGUUCUGAAGCGACUGCAGGGGGGGCAGAAACAGCAGCGGCAGAACGUGGAAGACUGGAGCGCGAACUGUUUAGUCACUUCCGCUUGCUGGGACAGCUGUCAGCGAAAGCGUUGGUUGAUGGCCGCAGCAGCACAACGGACACAGGGCUGCAUGCGCUUUUCUGGGAGGCAGUUGCUCGUCCUCUGUUGCACCACGAGAGGCUUAAGCCAUGCAGCUGCAUGGAACCUGCAGCCAAGAACGGCGUAGGGGGAGCGUCGAUAGAAGGAACGGGGUUGCGGCUUGGUGCUUGUCACUGCGGAUGCACAGCAGCUGCGGUUGCUGCAGUUGCUGCGGUUGACGUCGCCCUGGGGAGGUCCUUGCAGCAAAUGCUGAGGCACCGAGCAGGUGGAAAUGAGGUGAAGGACAUGUGCUGCUCGUUUGUCCUCCCUCAGAGUGGGGGAGGGAUAUUGAUUGAAGGCGGCGACAACAUCCUUGUCUCGAACGCCUCCCUGGAUUAUUUCAUUCAGCGGUUAGCGUUCGUUAUGCUCGCUGAGGGCAUCUUCCUGCAGGCUUCCGCGUUCCGUUUGGGAUUCGGCUCUUUCUGUCCCCUUUCUGCCCUUUCCCCGUUGUUACCGAUGGAGGUCUCAUCCGUUUUGUUUGGAGACAGGGAAAGAACGAGGCAGGAUCGUUUCUGGACGCUAUCGCAUCUGAGAGCACACGUGACACCGGACCAUGGGUUCACAGCAUCGAGUGCGGUGUAUGGACACUUCCUGGAGGUUCUUUCCGAUUUCAACCCUUCACAACGAGCUGCCUUCCUCAAGUUUGUCACUGGGUCGACAAUUUUGCCAGCAGGCGGGUUUGCUGGGUUCCGCCCGCUGAUGAAGGUCGUCAGGAAGAACCCCGCUUCAGGAAGCGGAGGCAGCGACUAUCUGCUACCCAGUGUGAUGACCUGCAGCAAUUACAUCAAGCUUCCCAGUUACUCUUCCAAGCAGAUCCUAAAGGAGAGGCUCCUCCUAGCGCUAGAGGAGGGGCAGGGUGCGUUUACACUGUCGUAG